CACAUAUGCCCACUCCCUCCCACCUUCCCCACCCUCAUUGGCUCCCCCGCCUGCCUCCCCUUCUCCAUCCACCAACUCGCCGCACACUCAACCCCGCCUCGCCGCCGCACACCACCCACCGGCGAAGAGAAGAAGUCGUGGUUUUUCUUGGCUGCAAGAUGAUAACGGGGGCGGACUUCUACCACGUGAUGACGGCGAUGGUGCCGCUGUACGUGGCGAUGAUCCUGGCGUACGGGUCGGUGAAGUGGUGGCGCAUCUUCACGCCCGACCAGUGCUCCGGGAUCAACCGCUUCGUGGCGCUCUUCGCCGUCCCGCUCCUCUCCUUCCACUUCAUCUCCACCAACAACCCCUACACCAUGAACCUCCGCUUCAUCGCCGCCGACACCCUGCAGAAGCUCAUCGUCCUCGCGCUCCUCACCCUGUGGAGCCACCUCUCCCGCCGCGGCUCCCUCGAGUGGACCAUCACCCUCUUCUCCCUCUCCACGCUGCCCAACACGCUCGUCAUGGGGAUCCCGCUGCUGAAGGGGAUGUACGGGGAGUUCUCCGGUAGCCUCAUGGUGCAGAUCGUGGUGCUCCAGUGCAUCAUCUGGUACACGCUGAUGCUCUUCAUGUUCGAGUACCGCGGCGCCAGGAUCCUCAUCACCGAGCAGUUCCCGGACACCGCGGGCGCCAUCGCGUCCAUCGUCGUGGACGCCGACGUCGUGUCGCUCGACGGGCGGAGGGACAUGAUCGAGACGGAGGCCGAGGUGAAGGAGGACGGCAAGAUACACGUCACCGUGCGCCGCUCCAACGCGUCGCGCUCCGACGUCUACUCGCGGCGCUCCAUGGGGUUCUCCAGCACCACGCCGCGGCCGAGCAACCUCACCAACGCCGAGAUCUACUCGCUGCAGUCGUCGCGCAACCCGACGCCGCGGGGCUCCAGCUUCAACCACACUGACUUCUACUCCAUGGUCGGGCGCAGCUCCAACUUCGCCGCCGGGGACGCGUUCGGGGUGCGCACCGGCGCCACGCCGCGGCCGUCCAACUACGAGGAGGACGCGGCGGCGCCCAACAAGGCCGGCAGCAAGUACGGGCAGUACCCGGCGCCCAACCCGGCCAUGGCGGCGCCGCCCAAGCCCAAGAAGGCGGCCAACGGCCAGGCCAAGGGCGAGGACGGCAAAGACCUCCACAUGUUCGUCUGGAGCUCCAGCGCGUCGCCCGUGUCCGACGUCUUCGGCAACGGCGCCGAGUACAACGACGCCGCCGCCGUCAAGGAGGUCCGCAUGGCCGUCGCCUCGCCGCGCAAAGCGGACGGCGUGGAGAGGGACGACUUCAGCUUCGGGAACAGAGGCGUCGCCGAGAGGGACGCGGAGGCCGGCGACGAGAAGAGCGUGGCGGCGGCGGUGUCGGGUGAGCAUGGCAAGCCUGGCUUGACGCCGGCGCCGACGGCGAUGCCGCCGACGAGCGUGAUGACGCGGCUCAUCCUGAUCAUGGUGUGGCGCAAGCUCAUCCGCAACCCCAACACCUACUCCAGCCUCAUCGGCCUCAUCUGGUCGCUCGUCUGCUUCCGGUGGAACUUCGAGAUGCCGGCGAUCAUCCUGAAAUCCAUCUCCAUCCUCUCCGACGCCGGCCUCGGCAUGGCCAUGUUCAGCCUCGGGCUGUUCAUGGCGCUGCAGCCGCGGAUCAUCGCGUGCGGGAACAAGGUGGCGACGUUCGCCAUGGCGGUGCGGUUCCUGACCGGCCCGGCCGUCAUGGCCGCCGCCUCCAUCGCCGUCGGCCUCCGCGGCACGCUCCUCCACGUCGCCAUCGUGCAGGCAGCGUUGCCACAGGGCAUUGUCCCCUUCGUCUUCGCCAAGGAGUACAGCGUGCACCCCGACAUUCUCAGCACGGCGGUCAUCUUUGGCAUGCUCAUCGCGCUGCCCAUCACGCUGGUGUACUACAUCCUGCUGGGGCUGUGACUGUGAACAACCACCACCAAGAACAGCAUGUUUUUGCAGGUGAGGGUCGUCAUGUUUGCAGCGAGUGCCGGGACAGAGGAGAAGACAAAGGGCUGCAUGCAUGCAUCACGCUGCAGUCACCCACCAGUUCACCAUGGAGGAGGAGGAGCAAGAAGCCAAGCAACCAAGCAGCAAUGCAGUGCAGCAGCUGGGUUUUCAUUAGAGUUUUUUUAGGUGUAGAGAUCGAUGGAUGGGAGUAUGGAUAAUUGUUUUAGGGCAGAGAGUUCCAAAAAUUGCAGGCAUGUGCAAAGGCUUUGGAGGGAGGGGAGGGGGAGGGGACAGGGUUCAGGUUUUUAGUACAGGGCCUGGGGGUUUAUAGGGGAGUGAGAAUGUGAGAUGCAUCGCUUGGCUGGGUUGGCUGGCCUUGUGGUGAAAUGGGUGUGUGUCACUUUGGUGGAAAAAAAACAAAUGGUUUAGUAGAGCUCUUGUUCAUCCUACGGUAUAGUAGUACUUUGGCAUGGCACAAUGCUUCGGCUUUGAUUAGCAAGAUUAAUCAAUAAUACUAGUAAUAGCUAAGUGACAUGGUUCUAAGCAAUGCUUUA